AUGUCAUGUCCCAGCAAUGUGACUCCUAACUCGUUUUUGAUGGACUCGUUGGCCGGUAGCUGCAGAGGAGAGAAUUAUUCCUCCAACCAAGGGAUGUAUAUGCAGUCUGGGAACGAUUUCAGCUGUGGGAUGAUGAGAAACUGUGGCAUUGUCCCGUCUCUUUCCAAAAGGGACGAGGUGAAUAACCCCAGCUUGUCUCUCAACUCUUACCCAUCUUACCUCUCUCAACUGGACAAUUGGUGUGACCCCAAAAAUACUUACAGGAUUGAGCAACCUGUUGCAAGGCAGCUCUCGUCCUGCUCCUUCCCUACCAAUGUCAAGGAGGAAAAUGUUUGCUGUAUGUACAGUGCUGACAAAAGGGCAAAAAAUGCCACAGAGACUGCUCUCUACCCCAACCAGAUACCCGACUCUCGAGCCAGUGACCAUGAGGUUCCUGUGCCCAGCUACUACCGAGCCAGCCAAGGCUACUCCAUGGAGAAGAACCACAAUGCAGCCGACUUUGAGGCAACUUUUGACAACAGGACGAGUCUGAACCCAAGAAGUGAGAUUCUGGAGCAGCAGCAGCAACAGCAGCCAUCAGCUGGGGGCAAGGUUGGCUUCCCCGAGAACACAAAGACGGAUAACCAGAGCUUGGCUACCAACCUCAGCACCAACCCCACCAAUGCCACUGCUAAUGAGAUCAAAACAGAGAAGAGCCUCCCUGCUGCCAAGCUAGCAGCACCCGAGGCAGACAAGGAGCUGGCCAAGAACACUGACACCAGCACUGACAACUCUGACAACGAAGCCAAAGAGGAUAUAAAGGCAGAAAACGCUACAGGAAAUUGGCUGACAGCUAAGAGCGGAAGAAAGAAAAGGUGUCCUUAUACUAAGCAUCAGACGUUGGAACUGGAGAAGGAAUUCUUGUUUAAUAUGUACUUGACCCGUGAGCGCCGCCUAGAGAUUAGUAAGAGUAUCAACUUAACAGACAGACAAGUGAAAAUUUGGUUUCAAAACCGCAGGAUGAAACUGAAGAAAAUGAACAGGGAAAACCGGAUCCGAGAACUGACUUCAAAUUUCAAUUUUACCUGA